AUCAUAUUGAUGAAACACCGGAAAGGUACUAUGACAGGAAACUUUCUUUGCCAAUUGUUUUUGCUUAGUGAGCACACAAACCACCCUAUUUAAAUCUUCGGUUUCAGUAAUGUUAUGUUCUGCCACCUCUGUGGUUGAUCGCUAGUUGGCCCCUAUUCUAUUUUAAGAUUUUAUGAAGGUUCUGUCACUAAAAAGUGCCGUCUCCCUAACGUUAAGAGUAAAGUUCAGUUAACGUUAACGUAACUGGACUGGUUGGACAAUCAUGGCAGACGGAGACAACGGGGGCGGCUCUACUAAAACGUUAAAUUUCAACGUUGGUGUGUUAGGGCAUGUUGAUAGCGGUAAAACGUCUUUAGCCCGAGCGCUCAGCAGCACAGCUUCCACCGCUGCUUUCGACAAGAACCCACAGUCCCGGGAGCGUGGGAUCACGCUAGAUUUGGGGUUCAGUUCGUUCACCGUGGACCUACCGCAACAUCUGGAAGCCGAAUGUCGCCCACGCGGUUAUGACAGCUUACAGUUUACGCUAGUAGAUUGCCCUGGCCAUGCAUCCCUCAUCCGUACCAUCAUCGGGGGAGCUCAGAUCAUUGAUUUGAUGGUGCUGGUGGUGGACGUGGUGAAGGGGAUGCAAACACAGACAGCGGAGUGCCUUCUGAUUGGUCAGCUGACCUGUUCACGCAUGCUGGUCAUCCUCAACAAAACAGAUCUUUUGCCAAGCGACAAAAGGCAGAGCGCCAUUGAAAAGAUGACCAAGAGGAUGCACAAAACUCUGGAGAACACCAGGUUUAAAGACUGCCCCGUCAUAGCUGUGGCAGCUAAGCCUGGAGGUCCUGAGGCUGCAGAAACAGAUGAACCCCUAGGCAUCCCUGAAUUAGUAGAGGUGCUGAAGCAGCAGGCCUUCCUGCCUCAGAGGGACUCCACAGGCUCUCUGCUGAUGGCUGUUGAUCACUGCUUCUCCAUCCGAGGCCAAGGCACUGUCAUGACUGGCACCGUCCUGCAGGGGGCAGUACACAUCAACGACACUGUAGAAAUCCCAGCCUUGAAGGUGACUAAGAAGGUGAAGUCGAUGCAGAUGUUUCGCCGGCCGGUCAGCAUGGCCGUGCAGGGCGACCGCGUGGGGGUGUGUGUGACGCAGUUCGACCCCAAGCUGUUGGAGAGGGGCGUGGUGUGUUCGCCCGGCUCCUUGCAUACGCUCUACGCCGCCCUCAUCGCUGUGCACAAGAUCAGCUACUUCCGCGGGACCCUCGCCAGCCGCACCAAAUUCCACAUCAGCCUUGGCCACGAGACCGUCAUGGCGCGCGUCUCCUUCUUCGGCUCGGCGGCGGCUUGUGGCAGCCAAUCCGGAGCGGAGCCAGACCCAGAAAGCCAACCUGUCAAUGAGGCGGAGGCGGGCUUUUCAUUUGACAGGGAGUACCGCCACCAGGAGGAGUACGUGAUUGGUCAGAGUGAGGGAAAGGCCCCUGAGCAAUGGGCCCUGCUGGAGUUUGAGAAGCCAGUCACAUGUCCGCCUAACUGCUUGGUGAUUGGCUCGAGGCUCGACACUGACAUCCAUGCCAACACGUGCCGAUUGGCCUUCCACGGGAGGCUCCUGCACGGCAUGGAGGAGAAGAACUAUGCAGAGAGUACCCUGCCCCGCCUUCUCAUCAGCAAAGACAAACAAAGAGAGGGCGCUGUGGAAAGGGUGACUGAUGACUACACCGUGAUUGGCCGGAAUCUGUUUAAGAAGGAGACCAACCUGCAGCUGUUUGUGGGGUUAAAGGUCACACUGUCUUCGGGGGAGUCGGGGGUGAUCGAGGGGGGCUUUGGACAGAGUGGGAAGGUGAAAAUUAGAAUACCAGAGGGGUUGAAAGAUGAGACGAAGCCGCUUCUCUCCUGUGGAAAGAAGAAAGGAAAGGGAGGAGGGAAGAGCGACUCGGUCAAAGAGGAAGAGUCCAAAGGUGACUCACAGCCUGUUUUAAUCCACCUGCAUUUCAAGAGGUACAUCUUCGACCCCAAGAAAAAGAUGGUACAGUCCUGAUUACCAGAAGAAAAAGAUGGUACAGUCCUGACCACCGGAACUCUGAGAGGCCUAGGGACAUUCUGGAACUCUGAAAGUGGCAGCCAGACAUUGAAACCCGUCACCAACACAUACGCACAAAUAAACACACACACACACACACCACACACACAAACACACACACACACACACACACGCUAUAUGUGUAAAUGAUGAAGCCAGCUAGAGCACUACUACAUAUAUUGAGCUGGAAAACACAUAUAGUGACCAAAGGUCUAGUUUACACAAUUUUCUCUUUCUCUCUCUCUCUCACACACACACACACACACACACACACACACACACACACACACACACACACACACAAACCCACAGCCUCUUUCUCCCUCCCACCCCUCUCUCUCUCUCUUACACACACACACACACUCAGUCUCUGUUUUGUGUCAUCAUCUUUCUCAGAAUCAGUUUAUUCAUUGACUCUGACAGUGGCCAGUGAUGGUAUGACAUGGUCUCCUGUGGUCCACCUUCAUGACACUUUGCCCUGACCAAGAUGACAUCAGCAUGAUGUUGUGUGCAUUAUUGAUGCUGGGAACCAAUGAGCUGCUUUUUGUUUAAAAAUUCUGUGUACACGAGUCAAUAUUUUGACAGUGUGUGUGUGAGGGCAGCAAGAACUGUUUGGAAGUAAAUGCUGCUGUUAAACCCCAAA